GCUCCCAAAUGGAGGACAAGUGCACAUUUACAGUAUAAAUUAUCGUCCACAUUAGAGAGAGGGUGAGAAGAAAGGCGUCUCCUCUCGGAGGAGAAGAUGCUGCGCUAAUUAAACAUGCAUGGCCGUGUUUCUUUCCGCCAUGUUCCGCCAUGCGUGCUCUUGACAGGACGCCAAAACAAGCCCAGGUGGCGCGCAAACAUCUUCUAGCUAGCUGCUAAGCUAGCGCGGAGAAAGGCAGCGCCGGUCAGUAGGAAGCUACUCCCGCAGACCGCGACCACUUCCCUGAGGACAGCAGGAACUUCACUCGGUGACAGAAAACACUGUGAGUAAUGGCUUCCUGCGCGUCUUGCACCAUACUCACGGAGAGGUUGGCUCUGCUAGAGGGCCGUGUCCGCCAGUUAGAGCAGAGUAAUGUCGUAACUUUAGAUGUUGCGGACACAUCUGCUAGCGUUAGCUGCAGCGAGCUAACUAGCCCAGCUUGUAGCAGUCCUAAGCGGCCUACAAGCUACGGUGUACCGGUUGAGACGCAUAAUAGAUUUAGCUCUUUAGCUAGUCCUACACCCCAGUCUACCGGGCACCACACCUUAGUCAUAGGGGACUCCAUCACCCGAAACAUAAAGCUUAGCAAACCAGCCACAGUAAAGUGUAUCCCCGGGGCCAGAGCACCUGACAUUGAAGCUAAUCUUAGGGAGCUAACUCGCAACAGGCCUAGUAAACACGUACGACAGGCUAAUCACACCACUAAUUAUGCGAAUAUAGUUGUACACGUUGGCUCCAAUGACACUAGAAUGAGACAGUCAGAGAUUACAAAGAGAAACAUAGCCAGGACUUGUGAUCUCGCCAGAAAGAUGUCCAGGCAUCGAGUAAUUGUCUCUGGCCCCCUGCCUGCGAGAGGCAAUGAUGAGAGGUAUAGCAGAUUAGUCUCGCUUAAAAAGUGGCUGUCUAGCCUCUGUAGGCAACAGGGACUAAUGUUUAUUGAUAACUGGCCCUCUUUCUGGGGCAAAACAGGCUUGCUGAUGAGAGACGGCCUUCACCCUAACCAGGAAGGCGCCAUCAUCCUGUCUAGAAACAUAGACUACUAUUUAAGUCUCACUUGACUGACUACACUAGAGCAAGCCCGGUCACAGGCAAUUACAAUGUCUGUUAGUCCGGGUGAGGAGUCAGUUAAGCUAGAACUAGCCAGCGCCAGGCUGGAUAAUCCAUGUACGCAUAGCAAUUCUCUUAGAAUAAUACACAAUUCACAUAAUGUUUUUUCUGUUGUGUCUGUGUCAGAGGUGGACAUGCAUUCUACUGAGGUGGCAAUUUAUGAUAUGUCCAGUCUAUUGCAGCACCAAGCAAACAAUAGGAAAAUUCCCAUCAUAUCAAUUCCUAGUUAUGGUCGAAACUAUUUAAAGUGCACUACGCUUAAUAAACGCAACAUUGUUAAUAUUGCCACUACGGAUAAUCUUAACAAAAACUCGUCAAAACAGCCCAAUACCUAUAAUAUGGGCUUUUUAAACAUAAGAUCAUUGUCUCCCAAGGCGUUAUUAGUUAAUGAGGUCAUUAGAGACAACAAUCUUAACGUCAUUGGUCUUAGCGAAACCUGGCUCAAACCAGACGAAUUUUUUGCGCUCAAUGAGGCAUCUCCUCCUAACUAUACGAAUGCGCAUGUUGCCCGUCCUCUUAAAAGGGGAGGGGGUGUCGCACUAAUAUACAAUGAAAAUUUCAACCUUACCCCUAACCUAAAUAAUAAAUAUAAAUCGUUUGAGGUGCUUACUAUGAGGUCUAUCACACCGCUACCUCUCGACCUGGCUGUUAUCUACCGCCCCCCUGGGCCCUAUUCGGACUUUAUCAGUGAAUUCUCAGAGUUCGUUGCUGAUCUAGUGACGCACGCCGACAAUAUAAUCAUAAUGGGGGACUUUAAUAUCCAUAUGAAUACCCCAUCGGACCCUCAGUGCGUGGCGCUCCAAACCAUAAUUCAUAGCUGUGGUCUUACACAAAUAAUACAUGAACCCAUGCAUCGCAACGGUAAUACAAUAGAUCUAGUGCUUGUCAGGGGUGUCACCAUCUCCAAAGUUAUGAUACUUCCAUAUACUAAAGUAAUGUCCGAUCAUUACCUUAAUAACUUACUGCUAUAGCGGCCGCAACAUUAAUGCUGCCACAACGAUGACUCUUGCUGACCUACUGC